AUGGAACAGGCGGUUGAUGCAGAUCAUUGUGUCAUGGGGGCGUCGCCGAAUGGGACACAGUUUUGGUUACCGGAAUGCGACCAAACCACGAAACCGGUAGUAGGGCAGUUGUUUGCGUCUUUGGAAGAAGGGGUUUCCUUCUACAAUAACUAUGCCUCUUUCAUAACCAACUGCGCCAAGGUCAACGUCGGAGCAAGUAAGAGUUUCAGCAUAUACGCGGAGCUAGUUGGGGGAGAACAGAACGUGGGAGCUACACAGUUAGAUUUCAAGAACUACCGGAGGGAUGUGUUGGCAUACAUGCACUUAGGGGAUUGUCAGAUUGUCCUGUCCAAAUACCUAGAUAUUAAGGGCGAUUACAGUGACAUGUACUUCGAAUACGAGGCGAACGAAGCGGACCAACUGACACGAAUUUUCUGGGCGGAUGGGUACAACCUCGUCUUUGUCCCGUUCACCGGCGUCGACAACCACAAGAAAUGUGUUACAUUCGCAGCAGCCCUCAUCUCGCGGGAGGACGUGGACUCCUACUGUUGGGCAUUAAGACACUUCAAGACCGCUAUGGGCGGUGCGCCACCUAUCGCAAUGACGGAUCAAGACCCUGCAAUGAAGGUCGCGGACGCGAAGGAAUUCCCGGAUACUCGCCACCGAUAUUGUAUGUGGCAUAUAAUGACGAAGGUGGGGGACAAAGUAAGCCAUGACUUGGCCUGGAACGAGGAGUUCCAAAAGGAGCUGAAUGUCAUUGUUUGGAACGACACCGUGACAGCUGAAUAUUUCGAGGAGGCAUGGUGCAGUGUUAUUGAGAAAUAUGGGCUGACUGACAAUGCGUGGUUCAAGCGGUGUUUUGAUUGUCGGGUGCGGUCAUGUGCCGACGGUGGCGCCGUCACCACCUAUGUGGUAGAGGAUGAACACGCGGCGCGGUACACGUUGACUUUUGAGAAUGCCACCCAUACGACCCACUGCCAAUGUCAACUGUACACAAGGAUAGGCCUAUUGUGCAGGCAUGUGUUUGCCGUCUUGAUGUAUGAGCGUAUUGAGAACAUACUUCCUCAGCAUGUCACCCCGCGGUGGACACGCACUGCCGUACAGCAGGCACCAACCGAUGGUGGGCAGCCAGUGUCGGAACGCUUGGCAUCGUCGUCACGUGGGGAUUCGGCAGAGAGUAACGUGGUAAACACGUUUUAUAAAUGCUUAGGGCUGGCACAAGGUGACCACCAGAAAUUGCAUCACCUCGGUGAGGUCCUCGCGUCACUAGAAACUCAGUUGUGCGAAAAUAGCAACGAACAGGCUGCUGUUGCGAGGGGAAAACGGGCGAUAAUGGAGUCCUACUGUGGCGCACCAGCCCCUGAAUCAGUGUCCGUGCACCCGCCCCCUGUGGUUAGCAACAAGGGGUCAGGCAAACGACUAAGGUCUGCUAGAGAGAUUGCCAUGAAGGAGCUGAGCAAAAAAAAAUGCACAUGCAAAACAUGUGGUUUUGCGACUUGA